AUGUCGAGUUCGAAGAAGAAGAAAUUGGUCGUUGAAUGCAACGAUUGUUAUUGUUUUGUACUUGCAAAAGAUUUGGAACGUCAUAAGGCCCUUCCUAUCGUGACCAUCUCAGUUUAUUUUUUUCAUCACAAAGACUUGAUCAACGAUGCAUUCAUUCAUAAGCAUUGGGCGUUUAAGGCUCAGUGCGGUAGCACGGAUAUCUUCACAUGCGAUUUUCAACUCAUAUCGCCAUCAAAACUGCUCAUCGCUCGUGCGCAAUCCAUCGAUAAGCCAGAAACCUACCUACCACCAGGUCUUUUUGGAUGGCACAAACACAUUGUAUCGUUUGUGCAUCCAGAUACUUUAAGUCACCUAGACGUACUGCCUAGACAACCGUGUCUGUUGGAAACAGACACACAAGCAUCUGUGACAACGCUUUGGCCUUGUGAUCAGGUAUCUCAAAUGCGAUUUUGGAAUGCCGAAUGCAGUGUGGAUCGUUUAGUGCGAAUAAUCCCAAUUCCACAAUGUUCAAUUUUGGAAUCGCAUCGAAUCACAUUGCAGCCAUUGAAGCAAACGCGCGAUUUCUAUUCAACUGAUCAUUUCAGGGAAUACGUUAGUGGUUAUUUGUCGAAUAGUUUUCUGAGUGUAUCCGAAACACUGAGCAUUCCCUUCUAUGGGCAAAUUUGUGAAUUUGCUCUCAGUGAUCAGUUGGAUUUGGAAUUUGAGCAAUUGAAAAUCUCGGAUGUUGAUGAACAACACCGCAAACAUUUACCUCCAAUAGUACAUUUGGCGAAUGAAUGCUCAGUGAAGAUUUCCAUGGAAAAAAGCAAAAGAGAAGAAUUGUCCUUCUCGGAAUUUGGUGGUGCAGAAAAAGCGAAAUGUGAUCUGCAAACCUAUCUCAUCUCACCUCUCAAGAAUAAGAGAGACGCAUGUUCAAUCGUUGUGAGUGGUAUAUCUGGCUGUGGAAAAACAUUGUUGUUGAACAUCUUGAAUGAACAAUUGAAUAGCCAAGCAAUACGAAUAGAAACGAAUUUGGAUUUAUCUGAACAAUUUUCAACAUUACCAAUCAAUAGGAGUGAUAGCAAUUUUGUGAUUAUUAUAGAUGACUAUGAAGAACUGAAACGAAAAACGAAUUCAUCCUGUGCCAAUACUAUAGCAAAGUUUGUCUUAUUAAUGGAUACAGCUCAUAAUAUGUCGGUUGUUUUGGCCGUUAGGCAAUUAGACGAUGUUGAGCUAUCGUUGAGAAGACACUUCACUUUAGAAAUUGAGCUUACAGUACCGUCGUUAUCGGAACGAAUUGAUAUAUUGAAGAUUCUGUUUCGCAAGAAACACAAUAUCACUUCUUCGCUCACAGAAACUAUCAAAGAUAUUGCCAGUGGGACACAUGGAUUCACGGGUUCAGAUUUGAAAUGUUUAUGUGAGUUAGCCGAAAAGAAUCAAAGUGGGGGCAUGAGCCUCGAGAAGAGCUUUGAAGAGGCUCGAAAACGUGUACGACCGACCGGAAUUCGUCAGUUCGUUCUCGAAGUACCCGAUGUGAGAUGGGAGGAUAUCGGUGGUUAUGAAGAACUUAAAACUGAGAUUCAACAGGUGCUUGACUUGAAGCUUCNUUUUAUGUUCUUGAUAAUACAGGCAGUUAUUUGGCCUCAAUCACAUCCAGAAGCGUUCGAAAGGUUCGGUGUCCAGCCUCCAUCUGGAAUCCUACUCUACGGUCCACCCGGUUGUAGUAAAACUUUAGUGGCUCGUGCACUUGCCUCGCAGUCCCAUCUGAACUUCUUGGCUGUCAAAGGACCCGAACUGUUCAGUAAAUGGGUUGGUGAAUCUGAACGUGCAGUUCGAGAGUUGUUCCGACGAGUGCGGCAGGUAGCACCAGCGAUUUUAUUUUUUGAUGAAAUCGAUGCGAUCGGCGUUAAUCGAGGCGAGAAAUCUGGUAGUGGAGUGGGCGAUCGUGUUCUAGCGCAGUUACUCACGGAACUAGAUGGCCUCGAGAAGAAAAGUGGCGUAUUGGUGUUAGCUGCCACGAAUCGACCAGACACCCUUGACAGUGCUUUAUUGCGACCGGGUCGACUUGAUCGUGCUAUCUAUGUACCAUUACCGGACUCAAAAACAAGGCUUUCAAUUCUGAGAUUGCAUUUGAAUAAAAUGCCGAUAGCUGAAGACGUUGACAUAAAUAAAUUGGCCGAUCAAACAAACGGCUAUUCGGGCGCCGAAGUAGUGGCGUUGUGUCAUCAAGCCGCGUUAAUUGCGAUGCGUGAGGACAUCAACUCGACACUUGUAAAAGUGGAACACUUCAAUGGCGCCUUUGAAGUGGUCAAACCUCGAACGGACAAGAAACUCGUCACCAUUUAUGAAAAUUUUCAAAAAGGAGUAUUCACAUAG